GCUGCAGAUCAAAUGUUGAAACAUUCAUGAUUUGACGUUCCGGUCACGGUACAAGACGAAAUCUGCAAAAGUGAAUGAUUUUUUUUUUUUCAUAAAAUUGCAAUAUUUUUGGUGUAAAAUCGAUUCGAAAAUAUUCUAAUUUUUUUUUUCACAUAAACUAGUCGCAAGAGCCUAGCAUUAGUUUCGAACCAAGUGCCCAUAUUGUAACGGAAAUUGUAAACCAGGUUUAAUGCUCAAACAAUCACCAAUUGACGUUUCAAUUCAUGUACGUAAAAAGCAUGCUUAUUGAACUGUCAAACUCAUUUAAAGCAUGUUUUUGUGUUGCAAAAUAGUCAACUGUUGUGAAUAUAACAUUGGGAUUUUUCGCUAAAAAAUUAAUUGAAUUCAGAACAAAUUUAAACGGUAGAAUUUAAAACGGGAGAGCAAAAAAUAAAGUAGUUAAAAUGGCUGAAGGAAAUGCUCAACACGAUGCUGGCAAAACUAGCUAUCGAAACAAAUUGAAGAAGAGAAAAAAGAAAUUCUUGGCCAAUGUCAAGGGAUUCGGUAAAACGGGAAAUUUUGGUCGUGGAACGCACUUGGAUAGCGAUGAAUGGAAUUAUUAUAUCAACAUUUUGGAUGCAAUGAAACGAGGAUUCGAUUCGUUGGAAGACAAAACGACAAUGUCCGAUAAUGUGCUGGAGCAAACGAUUGACAAGGAAAUACAUACAUCGUCCAAUCAAGUUGCGUGCACAAUCAUUGAGGCACUGUUGCCAUAUUCGAAUGUGGAAAAUUUUGAGCGUUUCCAAACCACGUUUGCCGCAAAUUUCCGGCCAAUUUGUUCGGAUAAAUUUUCAUCACACAUUCUUGAAAAAAUAGUCGCUAUUUCGAUGUUACGCGGUGUCGGAGCGGAUAAUCCACCUGAAUCAACAUCGUCCGAUGCACCGUUGGCAAAGAAACGAAAAACCGUCGAAAUGCCGAGUGAACGUGAAUACAAUUUGACGACACAAUUCACUGGCGAGCAUCGUCAAACGUGUCGUGAGUUUGUGGUGAAGGCGAGCAAAUUCUUGAUGAAUAAUUUAGAAGAUUUCGUAUGGGAUACGUAUGGCAGUCACAUUAUGCGAACAUGUUUCGAUAGUUUGAGUGGUGUUUUUCAAGUAAAAAAGAGUUUCAUUGUUGGCGGUCCAAGUCAGGAGAGCAAGAGUACGACCGAUAAGAAUCUGACGGUGCCCGAUGAAUGGCUGGAAAUUCUACAAGAAUACGCUAAACGAUUGCAGGCAUGGCCACAAUUCCCCGACUUUCCGUACAAUGAACUGUCGUCGGGAUUGGUGCAGAGUUUGUGUACGGCAUUGCACACACGAGACAAAAGUACAGUCAAACACAUGGGCAAACGAUUGUUAAACGAAGCAUUUCUACCGACCGCUGCACAAGCCGAAACGUCCGAUGAAAAGAUGGACGUCAAAGAAAAAUACGAUAUUGAGGAUGGAAAUGAAACUGAAACGAAACCAGAUGUUGAAGUGGAAAAACCAGAAGUGGAUGAGGAAAAAUAUGAUCCGGCUGAAGGUGAAACGAGCCAACAAACUGAAGUCGAACCAAUUGACAAGAAUAUGCCAUCGGUUUUCACCGGCGAACCGGCCAUUCGCUGUCUCGAAACGCUCAUUCAAAUCUCCGGACCAAAACUAUUCACUCAAAUCUAUGCGAUGCUCUUCUGUGGUCGUUUAGUAAAACUCAGCACAGGGCGAUUGACCAACUUUAGUGUGCAAAAGCUGCUGGAUCGUGUGAAAGAGAAAGAGGAAUUUGAAGCGAUAUUCGACGAAUUGGAGACAUCGAUUGAACAAUUGCUUCAAAUUGGUUACACCGGCGUCGUCAGUGCACUGGCACAGGCAUGCUUGCGAUUGUGCACACGCCAAGGCCCAUUCAUGAAAGCCAUUCAAACCGCUUUGGAUUGCGUGCAACCAAAGGAAAAAAGUGAUAAAUUCGCUAUGCUCGUACUAAAACUGAAACCAUACAAAGUUGCCAUGGAAGAUAAAUCAAACUUCAUUCACAUACACGGUGCGGUCAUUCUACAGGCCAUGCUACAAUUCAACAAACCAAUCAAAUUGGUGCAGUGUAUUUUAGACACCGAAAACGCAACACUGACGGAAAUCUUCUGUUCGCCGAAAGGAUCACAUGUUGUCGACGCAUUUAUGGACAGCAAAGCCGUGGGUGAAAAAUCAAGGGAGAAACUCAUUCGACAUAUGGACGGAUGCUAUUUACAAAUGGCAAUUUCAAAGCAUGGAUCAUGGGCAGUGGAAAAGAUGUUCAAUUGCGCUAGUGAUCCACUUAAAGCACGCAUCGUUAAAGAACUCGGCGAGAAACAGAAUCAAUUGAAUGGCAGUCCGUUUGGCAGACUUUUGAAUCAUAAAUUCCAUGUUGACACUUAUCGACUUAGCCCCGAACAAUGGCGUGCUUCCUUCAAGAAAGAAAGCAAAGCCGAUCGCCUGUUUAAGGAUAUUUUGUAAAUUAUUGCUAGGGCAAAUUUAUUGAUUCUAAUAAAGACACAGAUUUUAUUGAAAAAUGAACAAA